GAACUGCUUUCGAUUGGCUCACGCGUUGCCUGGAUACAACGCAACAAAUGCGCAACCUGAGAACGAGUUAAAGGUGGUCAGGAGAUUUACAGCAAAUACAGUUUAUAGAUUGCAUUCCUGGGUAACAUAUAUAUAUAUAUAUAUAUAUCGAAUACAAAUGUCGUCGGUUGUCCAGUAUGGCCGACGGAGAGGCUCCAGUAAGAGAGUGUCUUCAGCCGAGGAAGGCAACAGGAUGAUCCAGCCACCCGACCUCCAACAAGUCACCGUCUUAACCAAAAGUGACUGGAUGAGGAUUCAAGAAGAAUUGAACAUGGUUAAUAAAGACCAGGAGAGCAUGAGAGAGGCAGCAAAACAGAAGGAGGCCUUGCAUUUGAAAUCGCAAGAAGUGGUGAAACUGUGGUCCAAUACCAUCGCUGGUCAGAGGCAAAAACAACUGGAAGCAAAGAAGAUCCGGCAGCAGAUUGAGGAGGAGAAAAGGAAACAGACUGAUAUAGAAGAGGCCAAAUAUCGGGCGCAGCAGCGGGAAGAGGCCAUUGAAAAGGCCAAAAAUCAGCUGUUCCAUCAAACAGACCGCGUUAAAGGGUUACACGGUGCGCUCCUACUGACAGAGGUGCUGAAGGAAAGGGAGGCCCAGGUGGAACUGAAGCAAAGAAUAAAGAAGGCCUCGGACGAUGUGGACAGAGAAAUACUGAAUAAGAUAAAGACGAGGGAGGAAGAAGCCUUGAGACAGGAGCAGGAAAAAGCCCUUCAGAAGAAGCUUGGCAGACAGGCUCUUGUGGAGGGCCUGAAAAACCAGGUCAAGGAAAACGAGCAAGCGAAAGAGCGACUGAAAGAAGAGAACAAGAAGGACGGAGAGCAAACCCAACGCCUUCAAGAGCUCCACCAGCAGGAGCAGAGCGCGGAGGAAGAACGACACGCAAAGCUGAGGAGAGACCUCAUGCGCGCUCACAUGGAACACGUCCACAACAAGGACCUCAUAAAAGCCACAGACCAACAAAGACAGGAGGCCGAUGAGGAGCAAAGGAAACUCUUCCUCUCUGCAAAACAAAAAAUGAUAAAGUUACGGAAAGACAAAGAGAGAGAGUUGUUUGGAGAGGCGCAGUUGCACAAAGAGGAGAUCAUGAACAAGCUGGUGGUCUCGCAGCAGGGCAAAACUGCCCGAGAGGAGCAGAGGACGGCAAAGGCCCGCGCUGAGCAGGAGGCGAAGCAGGAGCAGCAGCAGCGGGAGGAGGAGCAGAAGAAGGCCGAGAUGAUGGAGUCAAUAGCUGCGCACAGGGAACUUGUGAGGAAAGAAAAGGAGCAGAGGGACAAGUCGACAAAGCAGGACACCCGGGACACAUUGGAGGCCAAGAAAGAGGCGGACAGAAUAUUCUCUGAGAAACAACAGCUGAAGGCUCAGAGGAUGAGAGAAGACGAAAGGAAACUUCAAGACUUCCGUGUCGCACAAACGGCAAAAAGGGCCGCCCGGCAUCAGCAGCUGAGGAGAGAGGAUCACGAGUUGGCAGCCAGGAACGCGGAGCUCACAGCCGAGGAGGAGGACCAGUUUCAGCGGUACUCACGGCGCGUCAUCGGGGAGGCGGCGGAGGCUCAGAGGAACGUGUUUCCGCUCUGCAAGGCCGCCGCGGGGGGGCUCGGAGCAGGGGGCCACGCACUAACCAACAGCUACCUCGUCCAGGACCUCAGCGGGGCGCCGAUGCCCAAAUACGUCUCUGCCGCCACCCGGAACGUUAAAAAGUUAAACGAGGCCAAAGAUAUCCAGGACGCAAAGAAGAGACUCGGGUUCACGUGGUCGUAGGUCGGCCCGAGCUAAUAAAUAAAAUCAAUGGUUUGGUCCAAUAAGGGAAUGGUGGGAUCAAUAUAGGAAUAUAGAACAGUGGACGAAAUUAACAUGGCUGUUUGAAAAUGGAUCACACAUCAAUGUUCUGUGAAUAUUGUGCAUCAACUACAGUUCAUUGAACAUUACUCGGGAUGGUAAAAUUCCCUGGAUUUGUUGAUGCUAUUAAUAUUUGGGCUGUCAGUAGCUUGUGUUUAUGAAAUAAUUAAAACAGUCAAUUCAAA